CUCUCGAUGUGAACACACCUCCGUAACAGAGACUCAAUAAUUUUGAUUAAAAAAAAAUUAUGCAAUCAAUUUUGUUUGUUGAGUUUGUUACAAGUGUAUGCAGUAAGGGGAUUGUAUUGUGAUUUGUUAUCCAAUUUGAAAAUAGGAUGUCUACUCUGGAAGAACUAGCGGUGAAGCUGUAUGAUGCAGGCGCAGUGCAGUUGGGGGAUAUAGAGGCAAUGAACGGAAGGUGGACCCCAGUGUACUUUGACUUCAGAGUUAUUGUAUCCCACCCACAGAUUAUGAUGGCGGUAGCAGAACACUUACAGAAUUUAGCGACGGAAAUAAACCACGAUAUACUCUGCGGAGUACCAUACGCUGCUCUACCAUUAGCAGCUGUUAUGUCCAUAAACACUAACACGCCAAUGAUUAUGAAAAGGAAAGAAACAAAGUUAUACGCAACAAAGAAAACUAUCGAAGGAGUUUAUACGAAAAACCAGAAUUGUCUCGUGGUUGAGGACGUAGUGACAUCUGGCGGGAGUUUGCUAGAAACAAUUAGCAGUUUGCGCGACGCCGGCUUGAAAGUAACGCACGCCGUUGUAGUUCUGAAUCGUGAACAAGGUGGCGCUAGUGUGCUAAAAGCAAAUGGCGUCGAAUUGAGACCACUGUUCGAUUUAACGAAACUAGCACAAAUAUUAAGUGAUGCCGGACGAUUUAGCCACGAAACGGUCAAUAUUAUAACUGAGCACAUAAAAGUGUGUCAGUUUGGUGAAAAAGACAAUUUCUUUUGUUAAAAACUUUUUUUUUUAUAACACAGGACAA